GAACAACUAGAACGAUAAUAAUCUUGAAUAUACUUCCUAGUUUCUCGUUUCUAAAAUUAGUGCAACAUCAUAUGUGACACAUUUUCUUUAAAGAACCAUAUAAAGAGGAAAGACACGUACAAAGAAAAAAAAAAUUGAAUCGACAUAAAACUUCCGUACGAUGCAAAUGUUGCAAACUUGCAAUUUUGUGUUUCCUUUACAUUUAUAGUACGGUAGUCUAGUACCGAAACAAAUCUCCCCAACCAAGAAAAGAAGGGAAAAGGAAAAGAACAAAAGAUCGUCUGCACACUUCCCGCGCAUUUUACCAUUCUGUCACCACGUCUCCAGUUUUUUUUCUGAUCAUCAACAGUAAACCUCUCCACUCUACUUUCUCAUCUUCCUGACUUUAGAGAGAGAAAACAAGAAAACCACCAUUUUCAAACCUACAAAAAUGACAAGAAAAAGCAAGAAAACCAUCACUAAACCCUACCAAAACCUACGCCCAGGUCACGUAGCCUUCCGCCUACUAUGCGACCAUUUAUCUGGCUGCGCCAUCAUAGGAAGCGGUGGUUCCGUCUCCAAGAAAAUCACUCGCGAAACUGGUAUUUUGUUUCUUCACGUCGACGACACAAUUCCUGGAUGCGAUGAGCGCAUCGUCUAUGUCGUUGGUCCAGGAAACUUAGAAAAGACUAUUAGUCUUUACGACAAAGACGGUAGAGGAGGAGAGAUAAAGUUUCAGAUAUCAGCAGCGCAGGAUGCGUUAAUUAGGGUUUUUGAAAUCGUUGAAGAGAAUGUAAAGGAGGAGAGUUUACGAUGUUGUUGGUUGUUGACUGUUAAGGGAGAAGAAAAGAUUAAAAUGCUUGGUGGUGUUGUUACUGGUGCUUUUAUUAGGGUUUUACCUAUCGAAAAGCUUCCACUUUGUGCUGAUCUUUCUGAUGAUUUGAUUCAGAUCACAGGCGAUUCUCUGUCAGUGAGGAAGGCACUGCUUGCUGUCACAUAUUGUCUUCAAGGGAACAUUUCAAGAUCUAUAAUUGAAUCUUUAAGUUCAGUUUCUUAUGGGGCAGCACAUGUUUUGCAUGAACAGAAACAUGAAAGCCUUGAUAAAGAUGGAGGAGAAAGAGGCCAAAGUCAUAUGGUUGUAGGGAACAAAGAAGUGGUUUUCAGGUUGCUUUGCCCCCCUCAUGCAGUUGGUGGUUUGAUUGGCUGGGGAGGGAGCAUAACAAAGGCUCUAGAGAAGGAAACAGGAGCUCGAAUAGAAGUGUCAGAUCCAGUGGUGGGGUGUACUGACCAAGUCAUCACAGUUUCUGCUAUGGAGAAUAAGGAAUGGCAGAAUUCUCCGGCACAAGAUGCCAUUCUUCGCAUUUUUGGAAGUUUAAUGGAAGCUGCCUCGGAAUUGGGACACGCAUCAGGUUCAAGUGUAGGGGAGUCUGUGACUGCAAGACUUCUGAUUCCAUUUCAUCAUGCAAGCAUAUUAAAUAUCAAAGAUAUAGCUGGUGCUGAAGUGCAGAUAUUAGAGAGUCAUCGUACAGAUUCUUCUGUUGGUAAGAAAAUUAUACAGAUAGUUGGUGAGUAUUCUGACGUGCAUAUUUGUCUGCUUCAAGUCACAUGGACACUAAGGGAAAUCAUUUUUACCAGCAAAAUGAAUAUGGCACCUCUUCUUCCACACGAACUAUAUGGUCGGACUCCUGGUGUCCAUGCACCAACUACAAUGGCAAAUGAAAUGGAAAUUCCUAGAAUUUCUCGUAAUACAAACAAUCCUUUGUCUCCCACGGUUCUGUCAUCACAGUCUACGUCUGGACGUACUCUGACUACAUUUACAAAUAAUCAAGGCGAUUUGAUGGCAUCUAGCAGUAGUUCAGAACUCGGCAGUGGGGGCGAGUGUGCUGUCGUCAGAAAUGAAGAAGUGGAAGUUGUAGUUCCUGCACAUCUAUUCAGUCAUGUGUAUGGUAAAGAUGGUGAUAAUCUUGCUCUUCUGAAACAGAUUUCAGGUGCGACUAUCAUUAUUCAUGUCCCUUUUCCUGGAACCGAUGGUAAGGUCAUCAUACGUGGAACACCUAAUCAAACCUUGGCAGCAAAGAGCAUACUUUGUGCCUUUACAAUGAGCAAACAUGAUUCCUGAUCAUGACCUGAAGAAGAGGCCUCUUCAAGCUUGCAACAACAAGUUUACUAACUUUUGGUGUAAUAUAGACGUGUCUCUGCAAAUGUAAGUUGCAAACUGAUAUGAAGUCGUCGUGUGAACAUACCUCAAACUGGAGUUACAGGCAUCGUUUUUUAUUAGAAGGGAAAGUCUACAGAAGACAGAUUAGUAGUGACUCCACUUUUGCUUGAGGUUAAGUUUUAGGAUGCUUGUCAAGGAGACGUUCGGAAGAAACUAAGCAGGGCUUCCAGUUGUACAGGUGGGUCCCUAGAAUGAAGUAUCGAUUACAAAGAUUAUAGUUUGAAAUUUUGAAUAUUGGAAUGAACUUUCGUAAUCCUUUCCUUCAUUUUCGUCACAUCCUAUAUUGUGAUUAUACCAAAAAUAUUACUCCCUUAUCCUAUUGGAAUUUUGUUCCUUAAGAGUGCUUGGAUAGGAAAAUUUAGAGGGAAAGGAAGAGAGAAAAAGGUAGGAAUCUAUAUUACUCUUGUUUUUGUAUAACACAAGAGAAGAGAAUGGAAGAAGGAUUCAUUUUUCUUA